UUGCUCACGAAACGUCAUCCGCGUCGGGAGAAAAUGUGUGUUUAUUUUCCGCUAUUUUGAAGAGUUUCUUGCGUACAUUUUUCCGUAUCGGUAGAAAUUUAGAGCCCCGUUCAGCUUGCCCCACGAAUUGGGCGGCAAAGUUGUGCGUGAAAACAGUCAGCGAAACGUGAAAAACUCAAACCGUUGGUGUGUGUGUGCUACGUGCAAACGUUUUGCCCUACGGGCUACGGGUACAGCACGCCGUUUUGGCCUCACAAGACGGCGAGAUUUCCACCAUCAUCGUGAAGCAUCCAUCACCUGGCAGGCGGCGCGUUGUGUUGUGUGUCGAGGGUUGAUGAGCAAUCACCUUUUUUUUGUUACGAGUUUUGCAACAUUUGGAUUAUCCUUUUUUGUUCGGGCUGGUCCGUUUUUGCUAGGCGCGCAGCCAGGACGUCAUCGAGUGUCGUGUUUAAUUAUUGCUGGCUCGCAAUUUCGUUGCUAGCCGAGUGCGCCAUACUUGUCUACAAACUAAUGGCUACGUAAAUCGGGUGUGCAAAUGUUAUGAUCAAGUGUUUGCUUUCUCGUACCGUGUGAUCGUGCGCGCGUGUGACGGUGUGAAAUCAGCGUUUGGCGUGCAAAAGAAGGGCAUUUUCUUUACGGCUGUUUUGCUGGCAUUGACAGUACACCAAAAGGGCAAGCGAUAUUGGCGAGCUCGUUCAUUUGCCAGCGAAGGAAAAAAGAAGAACCCAGCGCCAUUGUUCUUACGCGGGCAGCAGCAGCAUUGUGAGCUUUCGUUGGUUGAUUUGUGCUGGGAAAAAGUAAUCUCACAGAACAUUGUACCGCUGGUGUGGUACGUUUCGCGGAGAUCACAACCAAAUUUGCCACCAUAAUGGACUUCAAACAAAACGGGUCAGCUGCUACAUCACAACAGCAGCAACAACCACUCGUUGGCGGUGUGCUGUACGGGAGCGAAACGCGCAACGGCAAUUCCGCUGUACGUCUACAAUCGUUAAGGCAGCAUCAACCCGUGACGACGGGCACGAAUGGAUCGCUCACCGGGAAUCCAUCGCCCAAUGCAGCGCCACCGUUGCGCCGGCGUUGUCGCAGUGAAAGUCUUCCAAUGGCACCGCUGCUGUACGGUACCGCAACCGAUCAAGCGCAACCGCAAGCCAUCAUUGGCCGGUCGAAAAAGGUGCUGCAAGGCAACCAAUCGCACCACGCCAAUCUAAGUCACCACAAGCAAAAGUUCCCUGGCACCGGCAGCACACCGAUGGCGCUGCACGAUCAUCCGGUUUCGACAACACCGGGCGGUCUGUACAUCGAAUCCUUCUCCCUGCAGCAGCAACAACCACCACCUCAUCACGCUAACCGAAGAGUACUGCCGCUAGCGACCCACGAUCUGCUGCCAACGAUCGCAACGAAUUCUUCCGGCACAAAUGGUCAGCAGCAGUCGAAGGAAAAUGUCGCACAAAACCACAAUCUGUUCGGUGGUUGUUCGGUUGUUAACGCGAAGGAUGUGUACAUGAGCGAGCUGGACGGGUUACGGAAGGACCGUCGGAACGGUGGCUAUUACGUGGCAAACGAGCUACAUCUCGAGUCACGCUUUGCUCGCAAUCUGGAAGCGAACUUUGCCACCCGUGCGACCAUUCUCGAGCGUAGCAGCGGAAGGAAGCUACGCGCGCGAAGCGAAUCGGAACCACAGGAAUUGCUUUACCACAGUGCCCAUAGAAAUGGUGGAUUCAGUGCCGGCAGCAGCAGCUUGUUUGCGGGCCAGCGGACGGCUGGAUAUCAGCAGCUGCAGCAACGCCACAGUCGAGAUAACACACUGAAACGAACGCGUGACACAAUCUCGCCAACACUGGAAGCGGAUGAAUCGUUUGACAUGUUUACCGGUGCAGAGCGUGCUGCUGGAAGUGAAUCCUUAUCCUCCUCGACCGUUGGGAACUGCCAGAAAGAUUCACCUCCCUCGAAAAUGGUGAAUGCGACAGAGGAGAUGGAUAUGAGUAGUACGGAUCAUGUUCUACCAUCCGGCAGGAUCGCUGGCUCAAUCGUGCAACGCAACAAAUGUUCCAAAAGUUUAACCGGCACCGCGGCUGGUCAGUCGCGCUCGUCCAAGGUAACUGUGCGUGCGAAUCGCGUUGGCAUCAACAGACUAAAACCGAAACUGGCGAGCACGCUCACCAGCACCGGUGUGGUCGGAACAGCGGUCGCAUCGGAAGCGAAUCGAAAAUCAACCUCCCCGCAACCACAAGCACAGAAAGGAUCCACCUCCUCCUCCAUUAUCGGCGUAGUGCACAACGCGGGCAGCUCGUCACCUACUCCGUCCGGUGUGUCCAUCGGUACGAGCGGUGGUGAAUCGGUUCACACGCAAGAUCUCGACGCAGAAACGAUCGACCAGUCCGAUGCGGGUGACGAUGACGACGAUCUGGACGACGAGUGUAACGGGGAGGAUGAUGAUCUGGACGAUGAGAUCGCAAUCAGUGGCGAUGAGGUGCUGGACGAUUCGCUGACCGAUUCCGAGGACAACUAUCGGUCGUAUCUGGCGGCGGCCUACCAGAAGCCCAAGUCACACUCCGGCUCACCGUCCCCUUCGCUCGGCAACAAAACACCGGUCGUGACGUCGAUCGGCAGCGUGCUCGGUGGAAACGCUCCCGAAGGGCCUCUGGCGCCCAGCCUGUUCCCGUACGUGCCACCGUAUCUUACGUUCGCGACGCACGACGAGAAAGGACCACCCAUGCCACCCUCCAUUCACAAGGUGUUGAAAUGGAAGCUGACGCUCAUUACUCCUAUCGUUGUUCGCAAGGUGUUGCAAAACAGUGGUUUCCGUUUGUUGAAAAAAACAAACGACUGGGUCGGAAUUUGGGGCCGGCACAUGAAGAGCACGCUGUUCAAAACGUUACGACCCUAUCAAAAGUUUAACCACCUGCCCGGUAGCUUCCAGAUCGGGCGCAAGGAUCGCAUGUGGCGAAAUUUGCAGACGCAGAUGAAUCGCCACGGCAAGAAGGAGUUCGGUUUCAUGCCUCGUACCUACAUUAUACCUCAGGAUUUGAAGAUGUUGCGGCAGCUGUGGCCCCGCUACAAUCAGCGCAACUGCAAGUGGAUUAUAAAGCCACCGGCAUCGGCACGCGGCACCGGCAUAAAGGUGGUGAAUCGGUGGUCACAGAUACCCAAGCGAAAGCCGCUCAUUGUGCAGCGGUACAUCGAGCGACCGUUGCUGAUCAACGGUAGCAAGUUCGAUCUGCGCCUGUACGUGCUGGUAACCUCCAUGAACCCGCUCCGGGUGUACAUGCACACGGACGGGUUGGCACGGUUCGCGUCGGUAAAGUACAGCGAAAAGUCGGAAACGCUGAACGAUCGGUACAUGCAUUUAACGAACUACAGUAUUAACAAACUGUCGAACAACUACAGCCAGAAUGAGGAUGCUGACGCGUGCCAGGGCCAUAAGUGGACGAUCAAGUCCCUGUGGACGUACUUUGCCGAGCAGGGCAUCAACGUGGAUCGGCUGUGGAGUGCGUUGCGCAAUCUCGUUCUCCGAACGGUCCUGGCCGGUGAAUGUUCCAUCCACGCGAUGUCGAAGGUGAACGUGGGUAGCAAGUACAAUUGCUACGAACUGUUUGGCAUCGAUGUGUUGCUCGAUUCCGAGCUGGUGCCGUGGCUGCUAGAGGUUAACAUUUCACCUUCGCUGCACUCCGCAUCCUCGCUGGAUCUGUGCGUUAAGGGUCCGCUCGUGAAGGCACUGUUUAACACCGUCAUGUAUCAGGUUCCUCCGAGAAUACCGAUGGCCGAGCAGAAGGAGAUACUGAAGGAGCAGGGACUGGAGGGUCCGCUCUGUUUCGAUAAGCGCAUCUACACGACCGGACUGUCGAAGACCGAAAGACUGAAACAUAAUCAAUUCAUCCAGAAAGACAUGUGCCGGGAAGAUUAUCUUAACACAAUACUAGAAGAAUUGACGCCCGAUGAUGUGCGGUGCCUGCUGCUGACGGAGGAUGAACUGGCGCGUAGUGCACCGCUGGAACGGAUUCUUCCCGCUCCGAACAGUUAUCGCUACAUCGGGUUUACCGAGCACCCGCGGUAUUACAAUCGUUUGCUGGAUGCUUGGGAACACCGGUACAGCCACAAUCGGUCGGAGGGAAUAGCGCUGUUGCAGUCACUGUGUGAAAGAAAAGUGCAUCUACAGGUACCGCCCAGCACGCUAAAGAAGGACUGCAACAAUAAACCACAAACGGAUAGUACAAACAGCGAGAACGGUUCUCAGGACAGUGGUAUCCAUACGGACCAAACCAGCCUGUCGGAGCUGCAGUCGCAAGAGUCCUCCUCCAUGUACCAAUCGCAGGAAUCUAUCGACCAGCUGCCAGAGGAUACGCCACGCCGCAAGACUACCACCAUCACCAACGGCACGACCGAACCGACAGUGAACGACGAGUCGCUCGUUGUCACCGCCCAGCCCAUUGUAAUCCGUGCCAUCUAUCCACCGGGCAGUGACAAUUUGCUUAGCACGCAAACGAUAGAGGUCCCGGUGACGGUCGCAGCGGCUGCCGAUCAGCUUACCGCGCCCGACACGACGACAAGCGCAAACGAUGGUGGUGCGGAUGCUAGGCCGGGUCCAACCGUGAUCGACGCUAGCGACAGCAUUCGGCUCGGGGACAAAAUAAAACUUAUCCUAGAUGACGCGUUGCUGCUGAAGCAACAAGAGUGUGGAGGUGAUACGGAAAAUACGAUCAUAGUGCAGGAAUAGUACUACCGCAGGGCGUAGUAAAACGAUCGAUGUUGAUGUUGGUAAUAGACUCGUUGGUGUUUUCCCUUACGAUUCGAUAGGAAUAUUUUGCAUGCUUGUUAAACACACACACACACACACACACACACACACUCGACUGUGUUCAAAACCGAUAUACUCUGCCCGUUACAUACCUCUGGUGUGCUUGCCACAUGCAGUAGAGACCUCACAGUUCCGAUCCAACAUGGACGGUGGUGUUCCUUUCCUUCGUGAGCGCGGCAGACAAAACCAAUUGUGAUCAGUGGGGCAGUGAAACAAAGUGUUUUCCUUUCAAAUUAUGAAUCUGCCUGUAAACUUAAUAAAUGAUUUUGCUAAACAAAAGUAAACGAAGCACCUGCUUUUUCUUUUUUAGCAGCAUCAUGCCGGGAGAUUCAAAUAUACCGGAUCUGUCCUUUUCGAGUGGUAAAUGAAAAAACAAAAAAAAAACAAAAAGCCAGCAACAAUUGUGUAUGCUAGGCGCCAAGUAACAAAUCUGAUUAGGCUAAAUAAAAUCGCAUAGUAACCCGCACUGGGGCGGUCGGACCAUAGUGCAUCACCAUAAUGUGUUGAAUAUGUGAGUGUAGUAGCAAAACAAAAAAAAACGAAGGACGUAGGCAUCGUUAAAAUACGAAUUAAUUAAACUAUCCACAACGGAAGAAGAUGAAAUAAGUUGUGUGUGUGCGUGCGACAAGUGGUGACAUUUUUAUGCGGUAGCCGUACUGUACUUUGGAGCUCAUUGGAUCAUAUGGAGUUGCGCCUUCAUGCAUACGGCGGCAUGAUUCUAGAAACGUGUUGGUGUUAGACCCAUGCAAAACGUAGGAACGAGACAUAGAUUGAGUUUGCCACACGGAACGAAUACUAGAAAGUCAGACAAAGUAAAGGCACGGGAAAUUUGAUUUAUCUGGCGCGAGAGAGAGAAUGGAAAUAUGAUUAAAAGAA